AUGAGCUUGAAUCCUAUCCAAGAAAUGGGCGAAUCACCCCAUUCAACUCCGGCAUACAAUUCUUUAAGCACUUCUUCUACGUCCUCAACAUCAUCACUUUCACACCAUCAUCAAGCGCCUAUUAGUACAA